UAGUUAGUGUAAAAAUAUUACCCGCUUUAUUAUAUUCGAUUGUUUUGAGAUAAAAUUAUUUAUAAGUUCAACCUUUAGCGAAAUGUCUAAGAAAGUUAAGGCUAGAGAUGAGCAAAAAAAGCAAAAGAGUCGUAAAAAAACCAAAAAGGACAUACAGUCUUUUAAAAAGGAAGUAGAAACAGAUAACCACAAGAUAUCAGUGGAAGAGCUUUUAGCACGCCUGGGUACCGACCAGCAUUUGGGACUGUCGCAUUCGGCAGCAAUGUUAAGGCUUGAGAUGGAUGGACCUAAUAUGUUAACGCCACCACCAAGAACGCCAGAGUGGAUUAAUUUUAUAAAGCACAUGUUUGGCGGCUUUGCAAUAUUGCUUUGGUCGGGCUCUAUUCUUUGCUUUAUCGCUUAUAUUAUACAAAGAACCACUCAGCACCAACCAGCCUAUGACAAUUUGUACUUAGGCGGAGCCUUGUUUUUUGUGGUGGUUCUUACAGGAUUGUUUUCGUACUGUCAGGAGCAUAAAUCAUCUGCCAUUAUGGAUUCCUUUAAAAAUCUUGUACCGCAGUAUGCAACAGUAAUACGUGAAGGAGAGAUUAAUACCGUAUCUGCUGAAGAUCUUGUAGUUGGUGAUAUCGUAGAAGUAAAAUUCGGUGACCGAGUACCAGCAGACAUUCGCAUUUUAGAAUCUCACAGUCUUAAGGUAGACAACUCUUCACUUACCGGCGAAUCUGAGCCUCAGGUACGAUCAACAGAGUUUACGCAUGACAAUCCAUUGGAGACAAAAAAUUUGGCAUUUUUCUCAACCAAUGUGCUUGAAGGUACUUGUCGCGGAGUUGUUAUCGCAACAGGUGACAAAACUGUUAUGGGUCGAAUUGCAAAUCUAACUGCAGGAUUAGACCAGGUACAAUCGCCGAUUGCUAGAGAAAUAGAGCACUUUAUACGCAUUAUUACUGUAUUUGCGGUUAUUUUGGGUUGUACAUUUUUUGUAAUUGCUAUGAUCCUUGGGUAUACCUUCCUUGAUGCAGCAAUAUUUCUCAUUGGCAUUAUUGUUGCCAAUGUUCCUGAAGGAUUGCUCGCGACCGUGACAGUAUGCUUGACACUUACAGCUAAGCGAAUGGCAUUUAGAAACUGUCUAGUGAAAAACCUAGAAGCCGUCGAGACGCUAGGCUCAACUUCAACAAUUUGUUCUGAUAAGACUGGAACACUUACUCAAAACCGUAUGACCGUCGCCCAUUUAUGGUAUGAUCAGUCAAUAGUGGAGUCAAAUACAACCGAAUCAUUUAAGGGAUCAGAAUUUAAUAAGGAAGAUAGGUCAUUCAAUGCGCUUUUGUUAUGCGCAGCAUUGUGUAACUCUGCCGAAUUUAAAGGUGGCCAAGAAGAAGUGCAUACAUUAAAGAAGGAUGUCAACGGUAAUGCCUCGGAGGCAGCACUUCUUAAAUUUGCUGAAAUUGUAUAUGGAGGCAUAGGGCCCGUACGUCGGACACACUUCAAAGUUACUGAAAUACCGUUCAACUCAACUGAUAAAUACCAAGUCUCAGUUCAUUCGUUCAAUACCGCCGAUUCCUCUUUUAUAGUGGAGAUGAAAGGGGCACCUGAGCGCAUUUUGGACCGGUGCAACAUGAUUAUAAUCAACGGUGAAACUACUUUGCUUACUUCAAGUUUAAAAGAACAAUUUGAGGAGGCAUAUAUGGACAUGGGUGGAAUGGGUGAACGUGUUCUAGGAUUUGCCGACUUAAUUCUACCAAAAGACCAGUAUCCCCUGUCUUAUGAAUUUAGCAGUGAGCCGCCUAACUUCCCAUUAACAAACCUGCGCUUCUUAGGGUUGAUUUCGAUGAUUGAUCCACCACGUGCUGCUGUCCCUGAUGCAGUCGCUAAAUGCCGCACAGCAGGUGUUCGUGUGAUCAUGGUUACGGGGGACCAUCCAAUCACAGCGAAAGCCAUUGCCCGAAGUGUGGGUAUAAUAACAAAUCCUACCGUGGAGGAUAUUGCCAAAACACGAGGUAUCCCAAUCAAUGAAGUAGAUCCUCGUCAGGCUAAUGCUAUUGUUGUACAUGGUGGUGAGCUGCGUGACAUGACGGCUGAAGAUCUAGAUGCUGUUAUCUUCUAUCAUAACGAGAUUGUGUUUGCAAGAACUUCUCCACAGCAAAAACUGAUUAUUGUGGAAGCCUGUCAGAGACGUGGUGAAAUAGUGGCGGUAACUGGUGACGGUGUUAACGACUCUCCAGCAUUAAAACGUGCCGAUAUAGGAGUAGCUAUGGGAAUAGCUGGCUCAGAUGUUUCUAAGCAGGCUGCCGAUAUGAUUUUACUCGAUGAUAAUUUUGCCUCUAUUAUAGUAGCCAUCGAAGAAGGUCGCCUUAUAUUUGAUAAUUUAAAGAAAUCCAUUGCAUAUACGCUUACUUCAAAUCUACCAGAGAUUACACCAUUUUUGUUCUUCAUGAUGUUCGACAUACCCCUAGCUCUAGGGACCUUAGCUAUCCUAUGUAUUGACAUCGGCACCGAUAUGUUGCCGGCAAUAUCUCUUGCCUAUGAAAAAGCAGAAUCGGAUAUUAUGUCUCGUAUGCCUCGAGAUCCUUAUGAGGAUCGUUUGGUGAAUAAAAAACUAAUUCUUAUGGCAUACCUACAAAUUGGUGUGAUUCAAACCGUAGCAUGCUUUUUUACCUUUUUUGCAAUAAUGGCCGAGCAUGGCUUUCCUCCUUCCAAACUAAUUGGUAUAAGGCAUAAUUGGGACUCAAAGGAUGUUGAAGAUUUAGAAGAUGGAUACGGACAAGAAUGGGUAGUGCAUCUGCAAAUUUCUAGUCUUUGACGUAUUUGAUAUGGUAAUAAACCUCAUUCUCUACUGCCGAAUAGUUAAUAUCAUGCUCGUUAAGAGUUCUGCUGGCAUAGCAGGUAUAGUGAUGUUGCAAUGUUGGUUACGUCAGUAGCUAAUGAGAAUGGAUUCUCGGAGUUUGGAUAAAUUAAUAUUAAUAGUGAACGGAU